AUGUAUACAUUUACAAUUAUAAUCAUUUUAAUUUCAAUUGCCAUUUCAUUUUCAAGUGUUAAUGCAGCAUUUUGUAAUGAUCCAACCAAAAACCAAAAUUUACCAUUGCAGUGUCGUACUGCUCCAGCUUGUGGAAGUAUUCUGUCGCCACCACCAAUCAACUAUGAUUUAAAAAAGGUUUGGUCCUACAUUAUUGCACCCAACGUUGAUUUCUAUAACAACUUGACCCGCAAGGACACAUUAUUGUUGCAAAGCAAUAGUAUAAUCCUCACCGACUUUGCAACUUGGACAGACAAGAAUGCACUUGCUUUGUUGAUUUGUGUCGCCCAUUUGAACGGUGCUCAAGUUCAUCACUGGGUUGGCUUUGAUUGUGGAGCCAAAGUAAAUGGUGUCUUUACCUAUCCUUGUCAAGCCUACAUGGCAAACAAUGGGUAUGUAGCCGAUGUUGGAUUGGUUUCUAGUAUGGGUGCCGAUGGUUUCAACAUUGAUUUUGAAGGUAGCUCUACCUUUGUUCCACCCAACACUUUCAAGAAUCAAUGGAUGAAGACUAUCUACAACUAUACCAAGUGGAUCAACUACUAUGUCGUCUCUACUGCCGUCCCAUGUCACUAUGACCAAAACCAAUGGAACACUGAUUACAGUGACUACUUUUUUGCCAUGUGUUAUGAUAUGGGUGGUAAUGAUGGAAUGAUUCGUUCCAAUUCUCCCUAUGAUACCGUUCGUAAUGGUAUCACUACUUGGAAGGCAUAUGUAAACAAACCAGGAAAGAUUGUAGUUGGUCUUCCACUGUACUCUUACUUUGCCAACUGUGGACCCAUGGACUAUGGUCUCUAUGGUACCACAUGCAACUACAACCCAGCAUCAUAUCCAAAUGGUCUACCAUCGAUUGGGUUAAAUGGUAUCUACAAUGCUAUUGGUACCGCCUAUUUGGUUGGUGAUGGAAUUACAUCAAACUCUAGAACACCCUAUGUCAACUUGAUGGCUUCCAAUGAUGCCAUCUCCCAAUACCAAUACCAGUCACCAUCAUCCAUCUAUCAAAAGGUUUUGGGGUUGGGUGUUGGAGGCGCUGGUUUCUUUAGAGUCGAUCUUUUAACUGGUCUUCCACUCUCUGUCAUUAAAGCUUAUUAUGUUUCUGCUCAAAGUCUUUAA